GGGCACCGCGUCAUCUGGCAAGGCAGUGGGCACCGAGUCACCAGGCACGACAGUGGGCUCCGAGUCACCAGGCAUGACCGCGGGCACUGGGUCAGACAUUGGAUCGUCUGGCUCGACAGCGGGCAUCGGGUCACCAGGCAUCAGGUCAUUUGGCUCGACAGCGGGCACCGCGUCAUCUGGCAAGGCAGUGGGCACCGAGUCACCAGGCACGACAGUGGCUCUGAGUCAAUUGGCACGACAGCGGGCACCGGGUCAUCAGGUACCGGAUCGUCUGGAUCGACAGCGGGCACCGGGUCAUCUGGCGUUGGAUCGUCUGGCUCGACAGCGGGCAUCGGGUCACCAGUCAUGACAGCAGGCACUGGGUCAUCAGGUACCGGAUUGUCUGGAUCGACAGCGGGCACUGGGUCAUCUGGCGCUGGAUCGUCUGGCUCGACAGCGGGCAUCGGGUCACCAGGCAUGACAGCGGGCACCGGGUCAUCAGGUAUGACAGCGGGCACCGGGUCAUCAGGUACCGGAUCGUCUGGCUCCACAGCGGGCAUCGGGUCACCAGGCAUGACAGCGGGCACUGGGUCAUCAGGCAUUGGAUCGUCUGGCUCCACAGCGGGCAUCGGGUCACCAGGUAUGACAGCAGGCACUGGAUCAUCAGCGUGAUAGGAUCAUCAGGCUGGA